AUGAAGAAUGGUUCGAGUGAGUUCGCCGGCAGCAUGCAUAGUUUCGCCGAUGGAUCGUUCGGUCGCUCGAUCGACCGCCGAUCGCGCAUCACUAUCGAAAAGAGGAAAAGGAAUGUGGUCGCGGCGGGCUGCGGGCGGCGGGCGGCGGCGGCGGCGGCGCGGGGCGCGCACUACGUGAAGGCGAAGUCCGGCGGCCAGCGGUUCUCCUGCGCCACACCGCCGGGU